UGUUGGCCAUGAGGAGGCGGCUUUUCGUUUCGUGGUACCUGGCACUGCUUGUCGUGUCAUUAAUUGUUUUUUUCGUUAGAAGACGGAGAAAUGCUUGGACUGAACUUUACGAUAUUACCGAUAUGACUCUCAAAGAAGACGGUCCCGCUUUCGACGCAAAAUUUGGUACCAAGGUCGCUUUUUUCAUGGAGACCUCAGGAGAAGGGUACCUCAGGCCCAGAGAGGUUUGCGCCAUCGAGUCAUUGGCCAAGACCAAUCCUGAUAUGCAAGCUGUGCUCGUUUUUACAUACCCAGUGCAGAAUCUCAACCUGAGAAAAAAUCCAACACUAGCAGCAGUGAGUCGCAAGAUGAAAAAUCUCCACAUUGUCACAAUGAACAGCACAAAGGUUUUGUUAAACUCGCCAAUCUUUAGACAAAAAUUGAACAUUUUGCAACAAUCGAAGUUUCCCACCGUUUUCCUCAGUGAUUUUCUGCGAGUUCUUCUUGUUUACACCUUCGGUGGUAUUUAUUUUGACACCGACUUCAUCAUUUUCAAAGACCUUUCACCCUUGCUGGAGAAGAACAACUUCGUUACAAAACCAAAAGGACAACCGCUGGUCAACAGUUGCGUCUUUUCAUUUGAGAGGAAACACCCUUUUGCAGAAAAACUUAUGAAAACAGUGGGUGAAAGGUUCAACCCGAAGAAUUACGCCUCGGCCCCGGCAGCGUUCAAAGUUGCGGUCGAGGAUUUUUUCAAAAUGGAUUUAGAACAGGCCAUUGAGAAAAGUCCCUUUGAAGGAGUAACUGUUAUGGACUACAUUGAAUUUUCACCCAUAUUCUACUACGACUUCAGACAAAUUUUCAAUGAGUCAUUUGUUAGUUUAGCUGAUGAAAUAGUCCGAUCCUCGUAUGCUUCGCAUAUGUGGAAUUACAUGGGCUGGAGUUUAAAGCUGGACCUCAAUUCUAAAGCACCAUACGCAAUUUUGGCCAGACGGUUUUGUCCAAUAACUGUUCAUAAUAUUGAAGGUGGAUUUUAAGUUCCAAAAUUUUGAGUAACAAUUCAACGUCUGCUCCUGUUUGACCCCCUGCAUAUAUGAAUCAAUGCUUUUGUGUAAAUAAAAUAUGCAGUUUAUUUAUAUAAUCGAAACCAAAUAAAGCAUCCACGAAUUCAAAAGCACAAAAUUUGACCUUAAAAAAGAGCGAGAUAAAAGAAACAAAAACAAUAACAGAACUGAACAAAGCGAGACAAAAACAACAACAAAAAGGUGAUUAAAAAAUUUCCAUUAUUGUGUCUUUCUAUCUAAUCGCACAAACUUGUUUCUAUUUGCUAUAUGAACACUUGAAUUGACUAUAGCAAUAAUAGCCAUUACGAUUUCCUAAAAAUGGCAUGCACUGUCAAUAGACCAGGAAAAUAUAUAAUUAAAUUUUUUAUUGCUCAAAGAAUUAAUUUAAUUUUGUUCAAAUGUGCUUUUCAUCUGUGCACACUAUAAAUGAUUA